CCUCGCUUCCUCCCCUUUACUCUGUCUCUCUCUCUCUCUCUCUCUCUCUCUGCUUCUGCUUGUGGAACAACCCUAAUAAUUUUUUACAUUUUCAAGAUCUCCUUGGAGAUCAUCUAACUUUCACUCUCUGGCAAUGCAUGAUCUUCGAUCUUGUAGCAGUAUGGAGAGCUGAAAUUCAGAAUCUUUGUUUCCCCCUUAUUAAAUCGAAUUAGAGAAGAAGAAUGCUGGAAACUGUGGAUAGCUCGGGAGUCGUUAAUGGCGGAUUUCGUCAAGUAAAGAGCUUUUGCGGAGACAGCAGCAGCGAAGAGGAGUUAACUGUUCUGCCACGUCAUACGAAAGUGGUGGUGACCGGAAACAACCGAACCAAAUCGGUGCUUGUUGGUCUUCGAGGUGUUGUCAAAAAAGCUGUCGGUCUUGGUGGUUGGCAUUGGCUGGUAUUGACAAAUGGAAUAGAAGUAAAAUUGCAGAGGAAUGCACUCAGUGUCCUUGAAGCUCCUACUGGAAACGAAGUAGACGAUGAUCUUGAUUUCGAAAACACACUGAGGAAUGGUUCUGACAUGAUUGUUUCUUUUCCAGCAUCCGAGGACACUCUGAAGCCUCAUAAGUCGAAGCUAAGAAGGCAGAGAUCAUCACGGUCAUCCCACAAGACCCUGAGCAGAUCUUUAUCAUCUGACUCACAAUCAAAAAGCUCUGCUUUUACUCCCCCUCAGAACAUGAUGAAGGUUGAUCUAAGCAAACUGGAAAUGCCUGCAUUGCUGAAAUAUUGGCAACAUUUCAACCUCGUGGAUGCAGUUCCAAAUCCAUCAAAGGAGCAACUAAUUGACAUUGUUCAGAGACACUUUAUGUCUCAGCAAAUGGAUGAGCUUCAAGUUAUUAUGGGGUUUGUCCAAGCAGCAAAGAGAAUGAAGAGAGCCUGCAAGCUGCAAUCCAAAGAAGCCAGAAACACCGAUCUUAACUGCAUCAGCUAAAAGAAACAAGCCCUGACUUUUAUAACAGUUCCUGUAAGUACAGUGAUGCCAAACUUGUUUAACCAUUUGUGGCUUGCUGCAGCUAGUCUUAGUUCGUUCUGGGGAUGUUUGGCUAAGGAGUAGAAUGUUGUUUCUUCUUGCUUCUGUUGUUUAGCCGUGUAAAAAAAAAACUAAAUUACCCUGAAACCAAGAAGCAUGACUCUCUAAAGCUCCCAAUUUAAAUUACUAUAUGUUCUGAUA